UGUACAUCCUGUGGCUCAUCUGUGACGUUGUGUUUACUUCAAACGCGGAAAAGCAAACAGAAGAAAUUGCACAGCGGUCCGUUCUCUCUUCGUAUCUACAGUGAGGAUAGAAGCAUCUUACAUGCCAAUUCACGACAUUUCUUCACAAUAAGUGGCAGAAAACGUCAACUGCCCUUGACCAGGCUACAGCACAUACAGAAAUGGCAUCUGCAUGCUAUCAGGACAUUGAGAAAGAUUUCAUAAAAUGUGGAGAAACACAAGAUGCAACGGAAUACCUACAGCAGGUGUCUGAUGCAGUGUUAAAACAUCGUCAUACUAGUAUUGCCCUUAAGAAGCCAAAGGAAUCAGAGUGGAAGAUUGCGGGCCUGGAUGACACGUCCUACAAAGGAGAAGAGGAAAUUAAGGAGUGGCAGAACUUCUACCUACAAGACAGUGUGAAGAUGGAGUUGUUAGGAGCUGUGGAAAACCUCCCCUACCCGACAGAGAGUGGCCAGCUGGUCAUAAUGCUGUGUGAGGACCUUCAGGUGUAUGCUUAUGACGGAGAGGAGAUGCACCUGGUCGCUCUGAGCCUGGAGGAAGUCUUUGUCUCUGGGCUUCAGUAUCCUGGCAUCAAGUCCUUCUACAGAGGGGAGUGCUUUAAGGACAUGACUAAAGAAGACUGGGCCAAGGUAAGACAGGGCAAAGUGGGGAGGAGACUUGAAAAGGAGCACCAGGAUUUACUGAGACAAGCCAAACCCAGCUUCCUGAGUUGUCUUGACUCCAUCAAAGGAGCAAGCCACACAGUCACAGGUGCCUGUAGCUAUCACAAACCAGUGGAACCUCCAACAGUACUUGAUGGACUUCUUACGGUUGAAAUCCUGUGAACGGGAUCCAAAUUCAAACAAAUCUCAUAAUUAAAAUUCCUCAAACGUACAAGUAUUAUACACCAUUUUAAAGAUACACUUGUUGUUAAUCCCACCACAGUAUCCAAUUUCAAAAAGGCUUUACAACGAAAGCAUACCAUGCGAUUAUGUUAGGUGAGUGCCUAGUCACAAAAAACAGCCAUUUUUCAAGCCAAAGAGGAGUCACAAAAAGCAGACAUAAAGAUAAAAUUAAUCACUAACCGUUGAUCUUUAUCAGAUGCCCCCCCCCCCCCCCCCCCCAAAAAAAAAGAAAGAAAUAUGCCGUCUGUAGCCUGCACUCUUAAUAGCUUUUGGAGAUUACGUGAUACGUUUGUAAUAUGCCAGGUAGGCUACAUCGUUUGUAAAGCGGAUUGUGCUUAAUUUUAAGAAUUUAGCUAUGAAUAUAGUAAAAGCUGGGAUCCUCUUUUUAAAUAGUAGCCACUCAAAACUCUGUUCUCACACACACGAUUGCGCAAUGACUGGGCUUAUAAGAACCCAUUUCACUAGGCUCUGUAGGCUAUGGGCUCUCCAACUGUGUUCCAGGGGUCUUGGGACUACAUGCUACGUUUGGAGUUAUUUGGCCACUUUAGUUGUGAAUCAACCUUAUCAAAACAUAUAGGCCUUUGUGCUAGGCUACAUGAAGCUUGCGAGUAGAAAAACUCCCACAAAAAAAUGCAUGCGCUGUUUCUUGCCUUAGAUUGCACACGCUGGGCAUCAUUCACAAGUGAUAAUAUUCUCACCCCUAUCAAACUAUUUUCAAUUUAAUCUAUUCUUUACACAUACUAAAUAAUAUGUGUGAAAUUGGUUUUGAUUUAGAAUUGGCCAUUAUCAUGCACCUGUUGGAACAGGGGAUGGGGGAAAAAAGACAUGUAGUCCUUAUGUCCUUGAAUAGCAAAUGGAGGAUGCUUUCCCCUAGGUUCAUUUUCUUGCCAGCCAGGUAGGCUAUUCCAGUUGUAAAGCAAAACAAUGUGCUUCAUUUUAGGAAAUUUGAGAAAUAAAUAUAGUCUAUAGAAAUCUGAUGGGAUCCUCUUUAACUUCUUGGCGCACCCAUCCCGUUAGCGGGAUCAUUUUCGUCAACAUCCGCUGAAUUUCAGAGCGCCAAAUUCAAAUUAAAUUACAAAAAAUAUUAAAUUUUCAUGAAAUCACAAGUGCAAUAUAGCAAAACACAGCUUAGUUUGUUGUUAAUCCACCUGGCGUGUCAGAUUUCAAAAAAGCUUUACAGCAGAAGCUAUCCAAGCGUUUAUGUUAGGAUAUCUCUCUCAGCAGACAAAACAUUACAAACAGCUAGCAGCAAAGUAGAUUGGUCACAAAAGUCAGAAAAGCAAUUAAAUGAAUCGCUUACCUUUGAUCUUCGGAUGUUUGCACUCACGAGACUCCCAGUUACACAAUAAAUGUUCCUUUUGUUCCAUAAAGAUUAUUUUUAUAUCCAAAAUACCUCCAUUUGGUUGGCGCGUUUUGUUCAGAAAUCCACAGGCUCGAGCGGGGCAGACAAAUUCCAAAUAGUAUCCGUAAAGUUCGUAGAAACAUGUCAAACAUUUUUUAUAAUCAAUCCUCAGGUUGAUUUUACAAUAAAUAAUUGAUAAUAUAACGUGACUAAAUGUCACAUGGAAUUUGACUGCGGUCAUGUCUCGCGACUGCCGGUGGGCGGUAAUAUGGUCACCUUAACAGCCCCAGAUGCAAUGCACGAUGCAUCCUUUUGGUUGUUAAUUCAAUGUGUCAAAGUUUUACUUCUAUCCUGUCCAUAUUCAAAUAAACUAGGCCUACUAAAUGUGUGAAUUAUGAAUCUUCUCUGCAUGCAUUGGCUGAACACUUCAAGUCUUAUCUGACUGUAUAUUUACAGCAGUGGUAGAAAAUUCAGUAAACAUAUUGAUAAAACUUUGAAUGUUUAACUUUUUCCCCUCAAGUACGCAUGUUACCUGUUUAAACCUCUCCUGCGCAUUUUUCCUGUCGCAUCACUCCUGAACCAUACCAUACUCUACAGCUCUACAGGAGUCUAUACUACCAACCAAUCACUUAAUCUGCCUCAGAAGCUCUGUGCUGGACCAAUCAUAUAUUUUGUGCACUAAUAAACAAAUCUACACAAAUUAA